AUGGAUCGCAUCAAGGAGAAAAUGAACAAGCUCCGUCUGGAUGCUGACGAAGCUGCCGCGAAGGUGGACGAGCUUCAGGCCAAGGUCAAGACGCUCGAGCAGGAGAAUCUGACCAAGGAGCAAGAGAUCACUUCUCUUACCCACAAAAACAGUGUACUGGAGACCGAAGUUGAGAAGCUGGAGGAAUCGGUUAAAGGCCUGAAGUCAUCCGCCGACCAAGGCCUCCAGCAUGGCAGUCAGAACGAGUCGCUGAACCGAAGAAUCCAGCUGCUCGAAGACGAGGCCGAGGAAGCUGAUAAGACGCUUCGCGAAGCGAAUGAGAGACUCCGACUUACGGACGUUAAGGCCGGACACCUCGAGCGGAAAGUCCAGGCCCUAGAGAGCGAGCGCGAUAACUGGGAAUCCAAGUACGAGGAUAUGGCCAAGAAGUACGGCGAGCUUAAGAAGGAGAUGGACGAGUUCCAGGCCGAGAUGGGCAAUAUCUAA